AUGGGGUCGUCGUCUGCGGCGGUGCAAGCGGUGGUGCUGCUGUGGCUGGCGGUGGUGUUCCGGGCGCGGCCCGUGGAGGCGCUGGCGGCCAACUGGGGUACCCGCGCGCGGCACCCGCUUCCCGGCGACAUCACCGUUCGCCUGCUCAAGGACAACGGCUUCGACAAGGCCAAGCUCUUCGAGGCCGACCCGGCCGCUCUACAGGCGCUUGGCCACUCCGGCAUCCAGGUCAUGCUGGGCCUCCCCAACGAGCUGCUCGCGUCCGUGGCCGGCAACGUCGCCGCCGCCGAGCAGUGGGUGCAGCAGAACGUCUCCAACUACGUCUCCAAGUACGGCGUCGACAUCCGGUACGUGGCGGUGGGCAACGAGCCCUUCCUCAAGUCCUACAAGGGCAUGUUCGAGGCCGCCACGCUCCCCGCCGUGCAGAACGUGCAGGCGGCGCUCGUCAAGGCCGGCCUCGCGCGCCAGGUGCGCAUCACCGUCCCGCUCAACGCCGACGUCUACGAGUCGCUCGACGGCCGCCCCUCCUCGGGCGACUUCCGCCCGGACAUCACCACGCUCAUGACCGACCUCGUCCGCUUCCUCCUCGACAGCGGCGGCGUGCUCGCCAUCAACAUCUACCCGUUCCUCUCCCUGGACGCCGACGCCAACUUCCCCCGCGACUACGCCUACUUCCCGGCCCCCGGCGCCCCGCCGUCGCAGGCCAGCGUGCAGGACGGCAACGUGCUCUACACCAACGUCUUCGACGCCAACUACGACACCCUCAUCGCCGCGCUCGAGAAGCACGGCCUCGGCAACAUCACCGUCGUCGUCGGCGAGAUCGGCUGGCCCACCGACGGCGACGCCAACGCCAACGUCGCCAGCGCGCAGCGGUUCAACCAGGGCCUCUUCGACCGCAUCGUCGCCGGCAAGGGCACGCCCCGCCGCCCGCAGAUGCCCGACGUCUACGUCUUCGCGCUGCUGGACGAGGACAACAAGAGCGUCGACCCGGGCAACUUCGAGCGCCACUGGGGCGUCUUCAACUACGACGGCUCGCCCAAGUACCCGCUCAGCCUCGCCAGCGGCAGGGCCAUCGUGCCGGCCAAGGGCGUCAAGUACCUCUCCAAGCAGUGGUGCGUGCUCCGGUCGGACGCCAGCCCCACGGACCCUGCCGUCGUCGGCGCCGUCGGCUACGCCUGCCAGUUCGCCGACUGCACCAGCCUCAGCCCCGGGUCGUCCUGCGGCAGCCUCGACGUGCGCGGCAACAUCUCCUACGCAUUCAACCAGUUCUUCCAGUCGGCCAACCAGCAGAAGGGCUCCUGCGCCUUCAACAACCUUGCCGUCAUCACCACCACCGACCCGUCGCAGGGGACCUGCCGCUUCAGGAUAGAGAUCGACCCCGGACGCCGCGACCGCACCCACGGCAACUCCGACUCCGCCGCGGCCAGGGCCGCAGCCGCGUGGGGCGCCGUCGUGCUGCUCGCAUUGCUUGCCAUUGUGGCCGUGUGA